AUGGUGCAUGGCCUGCUUAACGUUACGACAUCCAAGAAAUACUUACCCUACCAGAUGUUGGAGAAUCGGCAAAUGCUAUACCAGCUCCUGACGGAACCGGAAGGAUUCCUCAAGCAUAUUCGACGAUAUUCCAAUGCCCUCACAACCACGAUGGUUUUCGGAUGGCGUACGCCUACAUACGAAGACGAGAAAAUGAUGCAAUUGUUCAACGGCUUCUCGGAAUUUGCAGAUCUCAACCAGACCGGAACAGCAGCGAUCAUUGACUUCUUCCCAUGGCUGCGGAACUUACCCGACUUUCUUCUCCCAGCACAACAGAAAGCAAAAGAUCUCCAUAAAAAGGAGAAAGCGUUGUAUCUGAGCCAUUGGUUACGAGCAAAGGACGAGGCUCACCAGAACACAAUCAAGCCAUGCUUCUGCGCAGGAAUGUACAAGGCGCAGAAAGAAGACGGGUUUAGCGACGAUCAAGCAUCUUAUAUCUCUGGAACCCUCCUGGAAGCCGGCUCGGACACUACAUCCAGCACACUGUAUGCGUUUGUUCAAGCCAUGCUAGUGUUUCCAGAUGUUCAACGCAAAGCCCAAGAAGAGAUCGAAAGGGUGGUAGGUUCGAGCCGCCUACCCGUCAUGGACGACCUGUCGGACCUGCAGUACGUAAGGGGCUGCAUGAAAGAAACAGUCCGAUGGAUGCCGACAACCAAUCUCGGGGCCGUUCCACACGCAGUCACUCAAGAUGACGAGUACAAAGGGUAUUUUAUACCAAAGGGCGCUGGCGUGAUGAACAACGUGUGGGCCAUUCACAUGGACCCGGCCCGUCAUCCCAACCCCCGAGAAUUCAACCCCGAUCGGUACCACGAUGACUACCAGAGUUUCGGAGACGCAGCGGCAAACCCCGAUCCGUCGAAGCGGGAUGUUUUCACUUUCGGUGCAGGGCGUCGUAUAUGCCCCGGCAUGCAUGUAGCCGAGCGCAGUCUGUUCCUUGGGAUGUCGCGCAUUCUGUGGGCGUUCAAUAUUACGCCAGAAACCGAUGCCGCGGGAAUUCCGAUUUUGCCUGAUCCUGACCGCUUGACGCAAGGGUUUGUGUGUAUGCCUGAGGAAUUUCCGGCGAGGAUUAUGCCAAGGUCAAAGGAGAGAGCGGAUUUGGUCAUGAGCGAGUGGAAAGAGGCGGAGAAAGCGUGUCUCGAUCCUACGACCAGACAGUGGAUGCAGUCGCCCGUGGAAGUGUGA